GACUGGGCUUUCUUUCUCUCGGAUGUGAGAGCUGCAACCAGUUCUCUGGGGAGCAGGCCGCAGCCUCUAGGAUUCUGACCGCCACGCUAGACCCAGGGGCACUGGAAGUUAGGGGCAAGUAAAAAGGAAAUAGAGUUGGGCUGUGAACCGAGGAGUCAGCACUACUUCGAAAGCUGAGCUCGAAAGUUUGGGGUUGACUAAUGCCCCACAGGGACAGCUGGGAGUCUGCGAAGUCUUAAACAUGGGGAGGAGGCAUUGGAGGGCUAAGUCUCCGCCGGCAAGCGUCGCCUGCAAGAAAUUCCUUUUGGAUUACCAGGUCAUAUUUCUCCUACCUUUCCGACAGUAUUGGCCUGGUAGCGACCCCGCCGCUGCACCGGUUUCCCUCCUCUAUCUCAGGCGCCUGCAUUUGGGGAACCUGUAGGUGACCCACUGAUAGAAACUUUACCCUGGACACCUAGAGGUUGCCCAGCCCUCAGCACCGAGCUCCUGGAAAUCCGAGCUCCUCCCUCUAGACACCUGGAGAAAGAGAACAGGUCUUCCGCAAAACCCAGUCUCCCAGCUCAACUUCCGGGAGCUUCAGGGCUCCAAAGAGGGUAGCCAGAGAGGUGCAGAGUGCAGCUGGCGAAGGGAGACAGCAGACAGCGGCCAGGCGCAGGUUUCCUCUUUGGCUCCGUAGCUCUCAGCCGGCCUCUAGGGCUGUUGCUCAGCGCCCGCUGGGGCUGAGCUGUAAGGAAGAGCCAGGCAUGGUGGCAAAGGCGUGCCUGCACUUAAACCAGAGUCCGGAGGCUCAGGAACUGAAACCACUAGCUGCGGUUGACCUCUGACCUUGGGCAGGCCUGUGGCAACUAGGUCGGCCCCACUACGUGUGGCCUCUCCCGCCCUAAAUAGUCCCUUUUGCACCUCCUACUGCCCUACUUUUUUGGCUCUCCUCCGGCACUAUUACCCACUGAGGGUCCCUGACACCCUUUCCUCUUCUCAAGGUUUAGGGUGGAAGGCAGGUUCCAGUGUGACCGCAGGAUGUGCUCCCAAAUUAUUUGGUGCCUGGCCGGCUGAUGUAGGAAGACCCAGUCAGGAGCAAGCAUUUGAGGAAAAUCAAACCUAGCCAUGCUCCAGGCUCCUAUAUCCUGGGGACCUUAGGUCUAGGGGCCCAGGAGUUCUCAAGCUUUAUCACUCCUUCUAACUGAGCCAGAUGACUAGCUUGCUAAGUGGUGUCAGAAUUAGAACCAAAAGAGAUGUUUACCGGGUUCUCUGCAUAGGCCAGGUAACUGAGCUGCUUCAAGCUUCUCAAGGCCUCUGUUACUUGCCCUUGUCCGACCUCUGCAACACUUAUUUGCACACCUAUAGAACAGUCUGUAAUGCUCAAAGGGCUGACAAGACCUGGUGCAGAAGGGACCCAGACCUAUUAAAAGUUGGGCUGGGGCAGAAGUGGGUAGACAGAGGUCUUUUGGGAACCUCACACCCAUUUCCCUCAGAAGCAAAAAAGUAAAUUCUAUUAUUGCCAACCAACCAGGGUUUGUCCAUGCCAGAUACCCUGCCACGAGGAAAUUUCAGACCGAGGACACCCAGCAUGCUGCCUUUCUGUAAGAAUGCAAAGUUGGGUCUCCUUUCUUUCCUGAUCUGUGCUGGAAGGAGUAUUACUUUGGGGAAAGAACUGAAACUAAAUAAAAUCCUCUGGGAAAAGGCUCAAAAUCAGAAAAUGAGAUACAAGACCUCAUUGGUGAUGAGGAAACGAUUGAGGCUUUACCGAAACACCCUGAAAGAGUCGAGUAGCAUCUCCGGACACCAUGGCCCCCAGCUCUCCGCCGCUUCCAGCCCUUCGGUGUACCCAGGCCUUCAUGAGCAGCCUCACCAGGCCUCCCACAGCCGUCCUCUGAACGGACUGCUGCGUCUGGGGCUCCCUGGAGACAUGUACGCCAGGCCUGAGCCCUUUGCGCCAGGGCCCACGGCCCACAGCGACGCCUUGGGAGCUGCCGCAGCCCUGCACGGCUACGGCGGCAUGAACCUGACCGUGAACCUCGCCGCGCCCCACGGCCCUGGCGCCUUCUUCCGAUACAUGCGCCAGCCCAUCAAACAGGAGCUCAUCUGCAAGUGGCUGGCGGCCGAUGGCCCUGUGCCCCCACGCCUCUGCUCCAAAACUUUCAGCACCAUGCACGAGCUUGUCACGCACGUCACCGUGGAGCACGUCGGCGGCCCGGAGCAGGCCAACCACAUUUGCUUCUGGGAGGAGUGUCUGCGACAGGGCAAGCCCUUCAAAGCCAAAUACAAACUUGUAAAUCACAUCCGCGUGCACACGGGCGAGAAGCCCUUCCCUUGUCCUUUCCCGGGGUGUGGGAAGGUGUUUGCUAGAUCAGAAAAUCUCAAAAUACACAAACGAACUCACACAGGCGAGAAGCCCUUCAGGUGUGAAUUCGAGGGCUGUGAGCGGCGCUUCGCCAACAGCAGCGACCGCAAGAAGCAUUCGCACGUGCACACGAGCGACAAGCCAUACACGUGCAAGGUGCGCGGCUGCGACAAGUGCUACACGCACCCCAGCUCUCUGCGUAAGCACAUGAAGGUGCAUGGUCGCUCCCCGCCGCCCGGCUCUGGCUACGACUCAGCUACCCCGUCUGCCCUCUUGUCGCCCUCGUCGGACUGCGGCCAUGAGCCCCUGGUGGCCUCCUCAGGGGCGGUGGUGGUGCGUGGCACGGACCUGAGCGAAUGAUGUCCACCGCGUCGUUCGCAAGGUAAUCUCACCCUGCGCAGCUGAGCUCCUGCAUCUCGUGCCUACGACAUCAAAGGGCCCCGCGCACAAAGCAGUGUUUCUUCGCCACGGUGCAUCUUCAUGGUAAGUUAGGAUUUCUAUGGCAAUGGGCAAGUCGCACUGAAAUCCUGAAAGGCCGAGCCUGGAGCCCGUCCAGGCUUUUCAUUAAGGACAUAAUAUUUACGUCUAACAGGCCUUUUUUCUUGUGUAUACAAGUAUAUAUUUUUGUUUGACGCGGACUAAAUCAUUUUCAUUUAAUUUCCGGUAAACAAAACCCACGCGAAUGGGCACUUGUUCCCGAUCAUAAUAAAAAUGGAUAAUAAUGUGAAGGAAGAAAAGGGCCGCUUGAAUCGCUGCACAGCCCUCUUUGUUUCUGCUUUCUGCGGUGAUCAGAGGGCGCAUUUGGGUUUGAUGGCGAGUUUCUAAAGGCGAGGAAAUGGUUUGUAAGAGGGGAAAGAAAAGGAGAAAGGUCUAAUCAAGCUCGGGUUGUUCAAAGAGUUGGGUUUUGGGGUUGAAAGUGUGAGUUUGACGGUGCAUCAGCAUGCCGCGUUAGGCUCGCCAUGGAAAUGCGCGCGGGGAGCGGCCCCUUCAAAGGCGGCACACUUCACUGCAGACACUCUAUUAAGAUACAUUUGCGCUGACCUUUGCUUUCACUCCAUUUAAUACUGUCACUGUGCUCUCCAGUAUAUACUUCCUCUCUAGGACCUGCCUCGCCCACGUUUAGGGGUUCACCUGCACCCUGAUGUAGGGGGCUUUGUCGCCUGGGACUCUUUCAGGAAAGAGAGGAGCCGGACUCCGUGCAUCUUGACUGUGCCCCAAAGAGGCUCCAGGGUCAGGAGUAAAUGACUUUAGAGCAACGUCUGAAGCUUAACAAAUGAAAGCCCCUAGUUCAGUUUUUGCAUAAGGCCCCUCAGCAUCUCCAGCAGGAUGUAGGUUUGAAUUUGAGCGGAACUAUGGGAAAGAGGGCCAUCCUGAGCCAGUUCCAGGGAGUUCAGACUAUGCCCUAGGGACAUUUCCACUCUGGCUCUCAGGGCAGGGGAUUUAGCUCAGUGGUUCUGGUGCUUGCCUUGCAAGAACUAGGUCCCAAGUUCGAUCCCCGGGUACCCAAAAACAACAACAACAAAACACAAAACACUCUGGCUCUCAGCUCUACCCUGCUGCCCCUCCAUCCCUGAAAUCUCUUGCAGACCCCUAAACAUCUUUCUCCCCAGGGUGGGGGUGUAGUAUCCUUAGGCCUUGGCUGGUCCUGGGCACAAACUCAAAAGCCCAAGGCCAAGGGGAUGGGGAAGAUGGCAGGAAAGUUAGAAGUCCAUGUUCUCUUAAUUGUCUUGUUGUUUAUUUUAUCCAAGUACCCCAGUGAAUAGGGGAAAAAUAAACACAGUGGAAAAAAAAUCAAACAGUGGAGUCUUCUUUAGUGGCAGUCCUUGUGAUUGAAUAAAAAGGAUGGUCCGCUUUCUAUUGAGCUGAGAAAUCUUUGAAGUGGGAGUUAUUAUCUGAGACAUUCCUUCUUGUCGUCCUAACAACGCUGAUGAAACGUAAAGGGUUCUUUGUCAGCGAUUUGUUCUCCUCUCUGUCAAACUCCCUCUGGCCCGUUAGUUUCAAACCGUUUCUAAAGAGAUAAAAUCAAACUUCUUUUUAAAAAAUAUCUACACACUACACCAAUAGACAACUUUAAGCAUAAGUCUUGCUAAGGGAAAAACAAAAGCACUGCCUAACCCUCAGGGUCAGGACCUGGUGAAGUGUGCAGAUGUUGGGGCGGGGGGCUCUUCACCAGUUGUGGGACUUGGAGAAAAGAGGGCAGAGGGUGCAGGCAGAGGAUAUGUACCCCAAGGCCACAGUUGUGUGCCUGCUGCUUUCUGCUCUGACCUGCAUGCCCUCAGCCCAGGUUGGGUCACCUGGAUGAGCUUCCUUUGGAAACCACUCAGGUUCUGGAUAUUCUUGCCUGAGAUUCUGGAAAGCUAAGGUUUUAACCAAGCAAUUUUUACCAUCUCCUGUUCCUUCAAAGGCACCUCUGCUAAAAAUAAGUCCAUUGUGCUUCUUCCCACUAGCUGCAGUUAGCAAAUCCUUUUUGCCAUUAACCAAAAAGGACAGUGGCUUGAGGGAGUGAAACGUUUUAAUAAUUUUUUGUUUUCUCCACAAUCUUGACAAUGGGAGCUCAGAAGGUUUGGUCUAUAGGAUAGUGACCAAAAAGUGCAUGCAAAUGUCCAUUCUCCUUUUAUCAACUUGUGCAAUUCUACAUUUUAUAUUGUACCCAGAAAGAAACUUUCAUCCUCUGCAAAUUUUCUCAACCUCCUCUUGUAGAUUUAAAGGUGGUUUAAAUAAACACCCCACCCUGUGUGUGCUGACUAAAUGAUUUGUAAAGAAGUUUCCCCAAGCUGUAACCCAUGCUGUUAUUAUAGUUGCUGCAAAAUGUUGUCUCUUAUAUUGAUUUUCUUUGUUUACUGGAGGUCUCCAUAUGUUUGUUUAUAUCGCUAAUUUAUGAGAAAAUGUAAUGAUUGCAAUGAAUGUGAAUUAUACAGACAGGCAAACAUUUUGUAAUGAUAAUUCACAUACACACAUGCAUACAAAAGCCUGAGUGAAACCUUAGACUAUUUGGUACCUUCUCUAUCCACACUGUUUGUGAUUUAUCAUUUGUCCUCUUAAUAACAGUUAAAUUACGAACUAACUUGAAAGAGAAAAGUUGUUAUGUAUUUGACUGAAAGUGAUUGUUGAAUGAAAAAGGUGAAAGUCUAGACUUAAUCUUCUUGGAGUAUGUAAAUGUAAAUGAAAUAAAAACCUGUGAUUCUUUUUCCCUCCAAAGGACUUUGUGUACAUGCAGCUGCAUUCAGCUAUUUUACUUGGAAAUAAAUGAUGUGUUUGUUUUCUCUUUUGAA